AUGGCUAAGUUAGAAGGCAUCUGGUCUGGCAGCAAAAAAGAUAAUUUCAAUGUAUUUGUUCAACAUAUGGUGUAUAAACUAUGGAAUACAAAAGUUGUUAAAUUAGUUAAUCCAGAUGAUCAUACAUUAGUAUCAUUUUUUCCAUUAGAAUAUUUAUUUAUAACUGGUGAUUUACCUGCAUUAGCUGAUAUGGCUAAUUUCAUCCGGCAUGGUGGUUACAAUGCAUGUUUCGUUUGUUUAGUACCUGGUGUAUAUGAUAAAGACCAAGGUAUAGUAUUGUAUAUUUGUGAUGAUAUAAAGGAAAGAACAAAUAAUGAUUAUUACAGUGAUGUUCUUGAAGCAGAACGAAGAAAUGCAUUAUAUAUAAAUACAAUAAAUGAACAUUAUACAACAAAAUUAACUGGUUUAUCAUUACACGUACACAGACAUUAUUCUAAAGACUUUGAUCGAUAUGGUUCAUCAAGUGCAUCGUCUUGUUUUUCUAUGGAAAAUACAAUGCAGUUUUAUCAGAAAGAUGCACAUGGCGUCAGAGACUUAAUAUCACAAAUUAUUUACCAUCAUGAAAUGGAAUUAUUAGAUAAAUGUUAUUUAGGCAAUUAUGAUGACAAUGAUAAAAAUGAAUCAGCAUGUUAUUUACCAAGAUUAUUGAACAUAAAUAAGAAUAUUGUUAAUACACAUAAACAUUGUGAUACAUGUCCAAAACGUCGUUGUUUUGUUAAUGAAAGUUAUUGUGAUGAUCGUGAUACUGAAGGAAAACAACAAAAUACAGAUAAAAAUAUACACAUAGCAUUAACAGCUUUAAAUGAAAUCGAAGCCACCAAUCGUCUUCAAUUAUGUGAUAUUACAAUUCAUGAAAAUAACGUGAAUAUGAAAAAUCAAAAUCAUCAUCGAAAAAGACGUCUCUUUGUUAGUGAUGAUGAUGAUGAUGAUGACGAUGAUGAUGAAAUUAAUAAAGAAUUGAAUGUUAAUGGACGACGAAAUAAUAAUCCUAAACAGCAUCAACAAAUACAAUCAACAUCAAUUGAACAUAAUACAUCUCAUCAUUUGCUUGAUGAUACAUAUUAUCAACAGAACAAUACAAAUAAUCGUUUAUUACUUAAUUCAUCACAACAACAACCAAGACAACACCCAACAACAAUAGAUGCUAAUCAACAUGGAAAUCGUUUUAUUGAUUUCCAACGUUCUCAUCAUGAUAAUGUAACUUCACCAACAUUCGGUUCAACAACAACUCGUAAUAGACCACGUACAACAUCUUAUCCUUCUCAUGGAGAUGAUAAUGACUCCAAUUCGAUUUUUGAUAAUUAUAAUCAACAAAUGGCUUCAGAAGAAAAAAGUAUAACAAGAAGAUUAUUAUUUUCAAUACAAAAAGAAAGUCGCCUGAUAAAAAAUUUACUUUCUGUUUUGAUUGUAAACGGUAUCGAUUUAUCAAUGGUCAGCGGAAGCAAUGCACAAAAAUAUUUUUAUAAUUGUGUAAAGCGUAUUUUCACACAACAAGAAUUAGUAAAUGGCUGCGCUGGAGAAACAUAUCAAGGUCGUCUUAAAAAAGUACCAUUAGAUCAAGACAAAUUGAACAAUUUACACAAAGUCGUUAUGAAAAAAUUUUAUAUAGAUGCAAUUUCAUAUAUGACAAUGUGGAACAGUGGUGGUGGUAAACGUAAAUUUUCACAAUGGUUAUUAGAUAAUAAAGAAAAUGAACAACAACAACAACAGCAAACAACAAACGUUGAUGAAAAUAAUAAUUAA